CAGGUUAGAUCAUCACAUGCUGUCAUGCAUGUGAAGGCAGGGACGUGCGAGGUGAUCGCUGCUCAUCGCUGCUGCAACAAGAACAAGAUCGAGGAGAGAUCUCAGACUGUCAAAUGUUCCUGCUUCCCUGGACAGGUUGCCGGCACCACUCGGGCCAUGCCCUCCUGUGUUGAUGCCUCUAUUGUAGCCCAGAAGUGGUGGUGUCAGAUGCAGCCAUGUAUGGACGGCGAGGAGUGUAAGGUUCUCCCAGACCUCACAGGAUGGAGCUGCAGCACAGGCAACAAAGUCAAGACCACAAAGGUGACCCGAUAGUCCUGCCCGCCUCAAGAAGAGAAGAGGUACUUCUCUCGGUGGAGGUACUUACACAGCACAAUGGGCCUAUCAGUAGUGAGGAAAUGCACUCAGACGGACUUCUAUGAGGAUCCAAUUGUUGUUUCGUUUUUCUGAGGACAUCUAAGACAUGGUGGCUGAAGAGACAGGACUCUAACACUGCCUGCCAUCACUUUAAACACAACUGAGUGUCUUUGGUCCUUUGCUGCACAGGACUGCAUCACCCACAAUCCUUUACUGCUAUUACAAAACAACAACUUCAACAAAGUGAACUAUGACCUAAACAGCACUGGAUUAGACGAUAAAAAAAGCAACUUUCUUUACAACAAUCUGUAUUCUUCAUCUCUCUUCUGUGGCUUAGUUGUGUUCCGUACGCAUACCGGGAAUAAAGGUGAUCUGGAUUUUAGACAGCGAUCCUGUAUUACAAACGUCACUAUGAAAAAAAAAGGGAGUGGAUCCAGAAUGGCUGCCUCAUGUCGUCUGGAUGACACGAUUAAAUUUAACUGUGCCACAUAUGACACACUCGAUGCUGUCGUCAUGUUCCUCAGUUCUGAAACCGAAACCUUUUUCUUCUCGCAGAUUUCACCUCCAUAAGAAUAUUUUACCUUGAAUAGUUUUGUGGCUUACCACAUGCCAUUUUUUAAAAUGGGGAGACAGUUUGUCAGUCUUCUUUUUCUUUUGCUUUUUGACAAAGGACAAAAUCCUUUCAGGGGUGAGGUUAGACUAAUACCAAGUAGAUGUUAUGGUAUAUUGAAUCAUGUAAACGUGUAAAAAAUGGUCCAUGGAAUCAACGGGGCUAAAAAUAAAUUGAUGCUCUAAUGGUUUUAAUAUCUGUGUUUUUAAACGCCUGUUAACCGCUAUUGAGUACAUGUGUCAGUAUUAUAUGAAAUGAAUAAAAACCUUUCAAAAGAACAUAGAAAUCUCUGCAUUAUGUUUUAGCCUCUUUGCAAAGAUUCAACUUAAAUUUAAGAUCAGUUGAGGUUUCACACAUUCUAUACUGUGCACACAAUUGUAA